AACACCAGAAAGGAUUCCCAUUUCUCUGUGGGGGCGUCUCACAGUGAAGGAUCCGCUGUUGAAUCAAGACGCUAGCCCUCUGCUAAUUUCACCCGAAAAAUCGUUAUCUAGAGGACUGGAGCUUUCAAUUCGCUUGUCAGUAUGAACAAGUUGAACAGAGCACAGCGUGACAAAUUGCAGCAGUUCAUUGGAAUCACCGGCGCCAGUGAAAAAAAUGCUCUACAGGUUUUUAAGUCCUGUGAUUGGCAGUUUGAGGGAGCAUUUGACAUAUAUUACAACCAUCCGCAUAUUAAAUCUGCUGCCGAUACGAGGCAUUUGGAGGAGCUAUACAAUAGAUACAAAGAUCCCCAUGCUGAUAUGAUGUUGGCUGAUGGAAUCACUCUCCUCUGCAACGACCUUCAGAUUGAUCCUCAAGAUAUUGCUAUGCUGGUGGUAUCAUGGCAUAUGAAGGCUGCUACCAUGUGUGAAUUCUCAAAGCAGGAAUUUAUUGAUGGACUACAAUCUCUUGGCAUAGAUUCACUGGAGAAGUUUAGAGAAAGAUUAUCAUUUAUGCGUUCCGAAUUGAAAGAUGAACGUAAGUACCGAGAGAUUUAUAAUUUUUCAUUUGGCUGGGCAAAAGAGAAGGGUCAGAAAUCUUUGGCAUUAGAUACCGCGAUCGGAAUGUGGCAGUUGCUAUUUGCGGAAAAGAAAUGGCCAUUAGUCGAACAUUGGUGCAAGUUCUUGCAGGUAAAACACAACAAAGCAAUUUCUCGAGACACCUGGUCCCAGCUACUCGAGUUUGCAAGGGUGUUCGAUCCUUCCUUAUCGAACUAUGAUCCAGAAGGGGCAUGGCCGUACCUGAUCGACGAAUUUGUCGAGUACUUGAUUGAAAAUGGCAUUAUUCAGAAGGGCAAGAUGACGAGUGAUUGGAGCUACAAAUAUUGAGCGUUGUAUCUAUAUUCCAUUCCAUUGGGUGGGGUUCGGUUUUAGAUUUAUUUGAUGGUGUAUAAUUUUCAAUUAUUGGGCUAAUAAAAUAGGAAAAACAAAGAUGAAAAGGUGUGUUUAUGGAGAUGUAUUUCUUCCUUUCC